UAGGGCAGGGCAGUGCCAAUCCUCCUGUUUUUAUCGUCAUGGAGUACAAACCUGAAGGCUUAAAAAGUAAAAACCCUGUUUUGGGCCUGGUUGGUAAAGGCAUCAGCUUUGAUACAGGAGGUAUAUCUAUCAAACCAUCUGCCAAUAUGGGUUACAUGAAAUGUGAUAUGGCAGGAGCAGCUGCCGUAAUUGGUGCUGUUGAGCUGGCUGCUAAAUUAAAACUAAAUAUACAUGUAGUCGGUGUAGUUCCUGCGGCUGAAAACAGUGUAGAUGCCAACGCCAUAAGACCUGGUGAUGUUAUUGGCUCCUAUAGCAAUAAAUCCAUAGAAGUAUUGGAUACGGAUGCUGAGGGACGGCUCAUUCUUGCUGACGGACUUGCAUAUAUCAUUAAAAAUCACAAUCCAGAGUAUAUCAUUGACCUGGCUACACUAACGGGUAGUUGUGUGGCCACAUUGGGGUACCAUGCUUCCGGCAUGUUUACAAACAAUGAUGAACUGGCCCAAUCUCUUUACGCUGCG